AUGGGAAACGAGUUUUAUAUUAAUUUCCCCCCCCCAAAGCAUCGCGAUGGGACUCCAGUUGUUCUUCCCCCACCGGAGGUCCUGGAAGCCGGAAUUUCAGAAUGGGAACUGUCACUGGUUGGGCAAUUCCUCGGAGCAACACCCAAUUUCUCAUCUUUACAACGGAUUGUCAACAACCUGUGGAACAAAGCUUUACAAGGUUCACAAGUUCAGGUGAUACCUGCUGAAAAUAUUGUGGCACAGUUUCAAGGGAGUCGAACAACUGUGUUUGCCAUCUCGAAAUCACCUGCUGAAGCACAACUAUUUCUUGAGGCUUUGGAGCACGGACUUGGUGGGGUGGUUUUAAAAGCUGAGGAUGUCAAAGCUGUUCUUGAUUUGAAGGAGUAUUUCGAUAGAAGGAAUGAAGUUCACAACAGGCUGAGUUUGACUAAAGCCACUAUAACUCGAGUUCUUGCAGUUGGAAUGGGUGAUUGGGUUUGUGUGGAUCUUUGUAGUCUCAUGAGGCCUGGUGAGGGACUUCUGGUUGGAUCAUUUACUAGGGGACUUUUUCUUGUUCAUUCGGAAUGUUUGGAGUCGAAUUAUAUUGCAAGUAGACCUUUCCGAGUCAAUGCCGGGCCUGUCCAUGCCUAUGUUGCAGUCCCUGGAGGUAAAACAAGCUACCUUUCUGAGUUAAAAGCCGGCAAAGAGGUAAUUGUAGUUGAUCAAACGGGUAAAAUGCAGACAGCAAUUGUUGGCCGUGUUAAGAUCGAGACCCGACCACUGAUCCUUGUGGAAGCAAAGAUAGAUGCAAAUGAUCGGACCACAUACUGCAUUCUUCUGCAGACGACCGAAACAGUCGUGUUGGUUUGUCCUCAUGAAGGUAACCGGAUGCGAAAGACUGCAAUUCCCGUGACUUCGCUGAAAGCCGGGGACGAAGUUUUGGUAAGACUACAAGGUGGGGCUCGGCAUACCGGAAUAGAGAUCGAUGAAUUCAUUGUCGAGAAUUGAAUGAACCAGCUAGAACGACGUCGACGGCGUAACUCCUCCAUUUUCCAAGAUUGUUACCAUCCAUUUGAAGGCCUUCCAAUGAAUUAUAUAUUUUUGACAAGUACA